AUGGGAUUUUUAAAAGAAAAAGCACAUACAGAGAUUACAGAUGAAUUAGAUCAUCUUUUAUUAUCCUCAGAUGUACCUGUAGAUAGAAAUAUUACACAAGUUCGUAAAAUUAUCAACUUGAUUAAAAGUGAAUCCAGAUAUGAAUACCGUGAAAAUCAAACAGAGGCAGCAAGGGUUAUUAGAAAGAAAUUGAAACAUGGGGAUUCACAAAUAAUCUUAAAUACAAUGGCAUUAUUGGAUUUAUUUAUUAUGAAUGGUAUCAAGUUUGGUGCUAUUUAUAAUAACGCUAAAUUAUUAGAUAGAUUAAGUAUGAUUUCUUUAAAAGAAAUUAGUGAUGAUCAAGUCAACACUUAUUAUGAGCCUAAAGUUAUUGAAGCUGUAAGAAAUUAUGUUUUAAAUUGGUAUGAUUAUAUUGAAAGAAAUGGGUUAUCUGAUAUCCGUAGUUAUAAAGGUAUUAUAUCCAUUGCAGAAAGAAUUCAAAAAGGAAUAGAAAGAGCGGAAGAAAAAUUGAAGAAAACAGCACAGAGUUUAAAAUCUAGUAGUUCAGUAAGACCAGGUAGAUAUACAGGAACUGAUGAGGAUGAUUAUUUUAAUGAUGAUAAUGGUUUUUCACGUUCAAGUAAAAACUCUAGACAAACUUCAACAAGAAAUGAAGGUGGAAAAAAUUAUGAAUUACAUGCAAGAAAAUCUAGUACUCCAACUUCUCGUAAUCAACGUCGUUCUCGUGGGUCAAUUGAUAAAUCGAAAAUCCCCAUAGUAAUUAGUGAUGCGAUUUCAGCAAGUGUUGUAUUAAAUAAUUCACUAACAAUGGUCUCAGAUGAUAGCUUUAGUAGGGAUUAUCCUGAAGUUGAAAAUGCAUUUAAUAAAGCAAGAUCCAUUAGACGUAAGAUCUUACAAUAUUUACAACUUGUCACUGAUGAGAAAUAUUUAGGAGAAUUGAUCCAUGCAAAUGAUCAAUUAGUUAAUGCAUUAGAGAAGUACGAUAAAAAAAAUGGUGAAUUUGAAAAAGAUGAACCAGAAGAAGAUUUAGAAUCAAGUGAAGAGGGAAUGUCUAUGUUUAUGUCAUCAGAUGAUGAGAGUUUAGUAAAUAAGAAUCAUAUAUUAGGUAAUAGACCUCGUGGAAUUUCUGUUGCAUCAAAUCCAUUCGGUGAUGGUCAUACAUUUUAA